AUGUUUUAAGUUUAUAAUAUAGAAGAUCAAGAUACAGGAAGUAUUGAAUAGAACUUAAAGUAAAAAUGGAUUCCUCUUUAAUAAAAGGACACUCAAAUUGCUAUUAAGGCACUUAUUACUCUUAAAAGUCAUAUUCAAAAAUAGAUGAUUGCUUUUAUUGAAUCAUCACUUAAAUAUAUACAAGACUUAGAUAAUUAAGUCUAAGAAUUGUAACUUAAAUCAAAAUAAAUUGGAUAAUUAGUUUAUGAAUUACCAUAUCAAGUGUAUAACAAUCCUAAUAAAUUAAAUAUAUUAUUAUAAGAAUAAUUAGUCGAUUGUGAAAGGAUUAAAUAAUUGUUGAAGAAUUAGUUGUAGAAUCUAGUAAAUUCUGAUAUUUUGAUUAAUUGCUUUUAGACAAUUUAAAAGAUAAAUUUCAAUGAUACUAUAACAAGUUUAAAUAGAAUAUUUCAUCCUCAUUAAAAAUAGAAAGAUGGAAAAUGGAUUUGUGAUUAACAUUAAUAAUAAAUAAGAUAUAUAGAAUUAAAGGGAGAAAUUUCAAAUAAAUUAGCUUGUGAAAACUGUAGAUAAUAUAAUAAAUAUGGACAAUAUAUCACCAUAUAAAAUAUGAAAAAUAAAUGGAAUGAAUACAUAAUAGAAAAUUUAAAUUCAUUUAAUUUGGCUUAAGAUAAAUUAAUAUCAAAAUCAAAUAUUAUUUACUAAUAAAUUUAAUCAUUAACAACAUAUUUCCAAAAGUUAAUUGAAGAAAUUAAUUAAUAAUUGAAUAAUCAAACUAAAUUAGAAAAUGAUUAACUUCAUCAACAAUUUUAAAUGAUGUAAUAAGAUUGGUCUGAAUUCACAAAUAGUUAAUUAAUAGAUGUUGCUUAUAUCUAUGCUUAAAAAAAUUAUAUUGAAUUAAUUGAAUAAGAAUUUAUGGCUAAAGAUAUCUAAAUAUCAAAAAUGAUGAAUUAAACUAUAGGUUUUUGUAAUAUGCUUGUAGUUUAAUUUGAAUCAUUUUUAAUCAAUUGGAAUAAUCCAUUAAUUAAUUAAAUAUCAAAUAAAGAUAAAAUUGAACAAACAAAUUAAGCAGUUCCAUUAAAUUAUAAAUUAUAAGAGUAAUAUAAUAUAAAAGAAGAAAAAUGUUUAUCUUUUGCUUUCAAUAGUGAUUCUAAUGUUUUAGUUGUUGGAUGUAAUCGUUUUAUUAAAGUAUUUUAAUUUAGGCAAGGUUAAUUAACAUAAACAUAAAUAUUAGACAAUCAUAAAGAUUAUGUGAGAUGUUUAUAUUUUAUGAAUAGGUCUAAUUAAUUUAUAUCAGGUUGUAAUGAUUGUAAAAUAAUGAUAUGGUCUUGUGAUAGUAAUAAUCUUUGGUAUUGUUAAUAAGUUUUGGAAGGACAUACUGAUUAUAUUAGGGCAGGAGUUAUAAUGAAUAAUAGAGAAGAUUUGAUUAUUUCUGGUAGUGAUGAUCGUUCUAUUAGAUUUUGGUCUAAGAAAGAUAAUCAAUGGUAUUGUAAAUAAAUACUUAAUGGUCAUUCUAAUGAAAUUCGUAGUAUAAGUCUAAAUGUUUCAUCUACUUAACUCAUUUCUUGUUCUACAGGAACUGAGAUCUUUCUUACUUAAUAUAUACAAAAUAAUAAAUAAUGGUGUAUAAUGUAGAUUAUUUAAACAAAUAAAUGUGGAUAUAGUUUGAAAUUUAUUAAGGAUGAUUUAUUUACAUUCUAACCUUAUGAUUAAGGAUAUCUUUUAAUAUAUAAGAGAGAUUAAGAAAAUAGAAAUUUUUAGAUAAUCUAAGAACUUAAAAUAAAUUCAAAAGAUAAUAGAUGGGAUUUCUUUUCUUAAUAGUUGAUUGAAGAAAAAUCUAUUCUACUUCAUAAAAAUGGAAAUACUAUGAAUAUAAUUAAAAUCAAUCAGAAAAAUAAUGAAUUUUCUGUUGUGUAAUCAAUUUAAAAUUCAGAUGUUUAUCUAUAUGGUGCCAUGACUAGAGAUGGUAAAUAUCUAGUUACAUGGGAUAGUGAUAGUAUAUGCAUCAGAGUAAGAAAAUAUUAAUAAUGA